AUAAAAACGGAGAGCAAACUAAAACGGAUUAACGAAGUAAUAAAAAACAACAAAAAUAAAAAUAUAUUUUUAUAAUCCAAAACUUAAAAAUCAUUGUUGUGAGUAAACCCUCAACAUGGAAGGAGAAUCUACAGAAUCAACUCACAACACUAAGGUGUCUGAUUCCGCAUAUUCAAACAGUUGCAGCAACAGUCAAUCACAAAGAAGCGGCAGUUCGAAGUCCCGCCUUAGCGGUAGCCAUUCCUCCGGAAGCAGUGGAUAUGGCGGCAAACCUUCUACACAAACAAGCAGUGAAAUUCAUCUCACCAAACGCGGUAAAGACAAAGGAAGAAAGAAAAAGAAGCAAAAAUGCUCAUCAACAACUGUGGGAAAUACCCUGGACUCACAGGAGGAUGUCACCAAAGCAAACGAGGCAAAGGUUGACGAAGAUAAUGAUCUCAAUGAUAUAACCAUGAGUCAAAAUAAUCGCCAAAAGGAGAAUAAGGAAAAUUUGGAAAAGGAAACUAGUGAACAUAAAUCCGAGAAAUCACUGCAAUCGCCUAUGCCGUCUCCGUUGUCGGCCCACACUAAUCAGGGAGCCAAAACGGAAAAGACUUAUGAAUCUGCACCAGGAAAAUUGGAGAGCUCAGGCAAAGCAGAAAAACUUAAGGAGGAUAGCUUUUGCUGUGUCAUUUCUAUGCAUGAUGGCAUAGUAUUAUACACCACACCCAGUAUUACGGAUGUUCUCGGCUUUCCACGUGACAUGUGGUUGGGACGAUCUUUCAUCGAUUUCGUGCAUCCCAAGGAUAGGGCCACCUUUGCCAGUCAAAUAACUACUGGAAUACCAAUUGCAGAGUCUCGCAGCAGCAUACCCAAGGACGCGCGCAGUUCAUGUUGUGUUAUGUUAAGGCGUUAUCGAGGCUUAAAAUCGGGUGGUUAUGGCGUCAUAGGACGCUCCGUGAAUUAUGAACCAUUUCGUUUGGGAUUAACAUUUCGCGAAGCUCCUGAAGAGGCCAGGUCAGAUAAUUCGCUGCCCAGUGGCACCAACAUGCUCUUGGUCAUAUGCGCUACACCUAUAAAAAGCGCCUAUAAAGUCUGCGAUGAAUUACUUUCGCGUAAAACUCCCAAAUUUGCGAUACGUCAUACCAAAACUGGGGUUAUAUCGACUGUGGAUAGUGGUGCCGUUUCGGCAUUGGGUUAUUUACCCCAGGAUCUUAUAGGUCGCUCCAUAUUAGAUUUUUACCAUCACGAGGACCUUAUUGUGCUAAAGGAAAUCUACGAGACGGUAAUGAAGAAGGGUCAAACAGCAGGAGCUUCAUUUUGCAGUAAGCCAUACAGGUUCCUAGUACAAAAUGGCUGCUUCGUUCUGUUGGAUACUGAGUGGACAAGCUUUGUCAAUCCCUGGUCAAGGAAGCUGGAAUUUGUUAUAGGACAUCAUCGAGUAUUUCAAGGUCCCAAGAAUUUGAAUGUCUUUGAUCCGCCACCUAAUAAUAAACCCAAACUGUCUGAAGAAGCCAUGGCACGUAUAGUUCGCCUUAAAGAUGAUAUCGUUAAGCUUUUAGCCGAAACUAUUUCACGUCCUUCCGAUACCGUCAAACAAGAGGUCUCAAGACGCUGCCAGGCUUUGGCUUCAUUCAUGGAACCCCUUAUGAACGAAGUUGCACGCAAGGAUCUUAAAUUGGAACUACCAAAUGAAAAUGAACUCACGGUAUCCGAACGUGACUCGGUUAUGUUGGGAGAAAUCUCUCCACACCAUGAUUAUUACGACAGUAAAAGUUCGAUUGAAACUCCACCCUCGUACAACCAACUGAAUUAUAAUGAGAAUUUGCAGCGUUUUUUUAACAGCAAGCCUAUUACAGCCCCCGUGGAUUCGGAGCUACUGAAAUUGGAACAAUCCUAUUGUACUCCGGCCGAUACAAGCAGCAAUCUCAGUCCCAUGCAAUGCUUUGAGGAUAGCGGUGGCAGUGGCUCUUCAAGAAACUGCACUUCGGGCAGCAAUUUGAAUAUGGGCAGUGUGACCAAUACCAGCAAUACAGGCACUGGCACAUCCUCGGGCAGCACUCCUUUGGUCACUUUGACCGAAUCAUUACUUAAAAAGCAUAACGAUGAAAUGGAAAAAUGUAUGCUGAAGAAACACCGCGAAUCGAGGGGCCGAGGCUGUGGUGAAAAGAACAAAAAACCUGUGGACAAAGCCAUGGAGUACAGUGGACCGGGUCAUGGAUUAAAGAGGGUGGGUUGCCACUCAUGGGAAGGUGAUGCCAAUAGGCCUAAACAACAGCACACCAAUCUGGUGGAUAUGCAGCGCGAAUUUAUUGAACAUCACAGUGUGUCACAAGGUCCCUGCGUCAGCAACAACAACAAAGUAUUCAAUAAUCGUCAAAUUACUUUGGAUAGUUCAGCGCUACGCAUCCCCUACACUCCAGGUUUAAAUUACACCAGAAAUGUCAAUUUAUGGCCUCCAUUUUCAGUAGGCCUACCCACCCAUCCAACUCACACAGCUCCCAUAGCCCAAAAUAGUUUCACCCCAGCACAACACAGUAUGUUCCCCGCCAUUUAUUAUAUACCAGCACCCACUCCAAACGCCGCCGCCGCAGCCGCUGUUCAAGCUAAACGCAACACAGCCGAUAUGCCCAGUACUUCAAGUCAAACUCUACCCCUACAGUAUAUGACCGGUGUCAUGUAUCCACAUCCGCCAUUGUUCUACACACAUCCGGCUGCUGCCAUGAUGUAUCAGCCAGUAUCGUUUUCAAAUGUGACCAGCAACAUAAGUAUGGCACCCGAAAGAUCGAAUCCUGCGGUUGAAUAUAGAACGAAUCCUAAUAUAAUAAUUGCACCCACACCAGCCAAACCUCAGCAGCAACCACCACUACAACAGGGAGCCUUUCACUCCAUCACACCCGUACAAAUACAACGUCCUUCGUCACAAGCAACUUCGGUAAAAGCCGAACCAGGUUCGAAUAUCGCACCUUCGGAUUCCUCGAAAAAAGGUAUAGCUGGCUCACCAAUAGUAUCUGUUAUGGGCGAUUAUGUGUCAGAUCAGCACAAUGAAAACAAUCUUAAGGUAGAAGUUACUUCCGUAGUAACUAAACCUAUGAGACCUAUCUCUAAAUAUCUUCUUUUCAAUUUUUAUAUUUUGCAGCCCAAUACCGACAGUAAUGGUAAUAGCGAUGAUAUGGAUGGUUCGAGUUUUUCCUCAUUCUACUCAUCAUUUAUUAAAACCACAGAUGGCUCAGAUAGUCCUCAGGAAAAUGACAACAGCAAGGAAGCGCGAAAAUUUAAAGUACAGACUGAAGAAAAAAUAAUGGAAAAUGCUGAAGAAGAUGAAACACAGCAUGGUGGCCUGUAAAUAGUCGAUUACACAUGACUAAGGAGAGAAUAAAAUAAAUGUGUUUAUUACAAAUGCGUUUAUCAUGUCGUGUAUGCAUCGCUCAAGUACAAUACAACUGGGAUUGAAUACCUAUAAAAACUAACCUUAUGGACAAAUGUAUAUGUAGCAGUUUUCUACUACAAAUUGUUAACAGUCGGCUUUUUUGUUAUACUAUACUAUAGAAGUAAACGAAUGUUAACAAAAUAUUUAAGUAAAAGUAAGAAUGACGAAUAUUACGCUGUUUAACAAUUAAACGUAAUUAAAAAAAUAUAUAUAAACUUACGUGUUGAUAAUUUCCUUUCA